UAAAUUUUGUCCUAACAGUUGAUUAUUACUGCAGUGAGUAGAACUAAGAGAAGGUUCAGCGAUUCAGCUAAGGACGGACUUUGGACAAUGAGUGAAGAAGCUCCAAAGCUCUACACCAACAAACCCAAGAAGGCUCAGCUUAAAAAGUUCCAGGAACAACAAAAAGGAGAAGUUUUUGCUUCUUCAAUACCAACUCCACCAACACCAUCAUCUUCAUCAUCAGCUGCGUCAGCUGCAGCAGCAUCGUACACAAUGGGGUCGAGCUCUGGUGCUUCGCCACCUCCUCCACCAAAGGAGUCUUUUGCUAGGCGUUACAAGUUCCUCUGGCCCCUUCUUUUGACUGUUAAUCUUGCUGUUGGAGCUUACAUAUUUAUGAGGACCAAGAAAAAAGAUACAAGUGUAACAGAGGAAGAAGAGGCAAAAGAUUCUCCCUCAACACCAGUUUCGACUACAGCUGCCACAACUGCUGUAAUUACUGAAAAACCUGUUGCAGAGUUUGUGAAGCUGCGUGAACCAAUUCCUGCGGAUCAGCAGCGUGAACUUUUCAAGUGGAUAUUGGAAGAGAAAAGGAAGGCCAAACCAAAGGAUCCUGAAGAGAAGAAACUUAUUGAUGAAGAGAAAGCCACUCUCAAACAAUUUAUUCGAGCAAAAUCUAUCCCAAGUAUUUAGCUGAGUGUUUACCUGUUUGUUAAACAUACUGGUGAUAAAACAGUUUGUUGUUACGUGUGAAACAUCAAAGUAUCCUUUUUAUUA